GCCAGAUGCCUAGAUCCCGACCAAAGCCUAUUAUACCAGAGCGAGCGGAGGAACGGGGAGAGGGAGAGAGGGAGAGAGCAGUGCGAACAAUCGAGAGCGAGGGAAACGACGAAGGCUCCGAGGCGGCGUCGUUCUCCGUCUCGCUUCUCAUCCCCACACAAUCGGUGAGGCGGCGGAGGUGGUUGGUCGUUCUGAGAUCGGAGGUCGGAGAGCGCGAUUUCUCGAUGGAUCUGCUCCCCUCGGAGGCGCCCUCAUCGGUGGGGAUGCGUCGGCAAGGGUUCCGCUCGUUGAAACUGGUCAGCCUCACCAUGGACGAGCCACUCGCUGAGAAGCCCGUCGGCGUGGACUACGGCGUCCUCGACAACGGCCUCACCUACUACGUGCGCUGCAACCACAAGCCCCGAAUGCGCGCCGCUCUCGCUCUAGCGGUCAAGGUCGGCUCAGUUCUUGAAAAUGAGGAUGAACGCGGUGUGGCUCACAUUGUUGAACACCUCGCUUUCAGUGCAACCAAAAAAUAUAGCAAUCAUGAUAUUAUUAAGUUCCUAGAAAGCAUCGGUGCUGAAUUUGGUGCUUGUCAGAAUGCUUUGACCUCUUCAGAUGAAACCAUAUAUGAAUUGCUUGUUCCGGUUGAUAAACCUGAACUUCUGUCGCAUGCCAUAUCAGUUUUAGCAGAAUUCAGUUCAGAGGUUCGAGUUUCUGCUGAGGAUCUAGAAAAAGAACGUGGUGCUGUUCUGGAAGAAUAUAGAGGAGGGCGUAAUGCAACGGGCAGGAUGCAAGAUGCACAUUGGAUUCUAAUGUUUGAAGGCUCAAAGUAUGCGAAGCGUCUUCCAAUUGGAUUGGAAAAAGUUAUUCGGACAGUUACUCCUGAAAUUGUUAAGCAAUUUUACCAAAAAUGGUACCACUUGAGCAAUAUGGCUGUGGUUGCUGUGGGUGAUUUUCCUGAUUCCCAGAGUGUUGUUGAGUUGAUAAAGUUUCACUUUGGGCAAAAGCUAUGUGGCAGUGUUCCUCCCCCAGAUAUACCAAAUUUCCCCGUUCCAUCACAUAACGAACCUCGUUAUUCUUGCCUUGUAGAGUCUGAAGCUGCUGGAUCUGCGGUGAUGGUCAGUUGUAAGAUGCCUGUGGAUGAGAUGCAGACUGUCAAGGAUUACAGGGAUUCACUUGCAGAGGCCAUGUUCCAUUGUGCUUUAAACCAGAGAUUUUUUAAAAUAUCCCGCAGAAAAGAUCCACCAUAUUUUUCUUGCUCUUCUGCCGCAGAUGCUCUUGUUCGCCCUGUAAAGGCUUACAUUAUGACCUCAAGUUGCAGAGAAAGAGGGACAGUUGCGGCACUUGAGGCAAUGCUAAUUGAGGUUGCUAGGGUACGCCUUCAUGGUUUUUCUGAACGUGAAAUAUCCAUCGUACGUGCUCUGAUGAUGUCUGAAAUUGAAUCUGCAUACUUAGAGCGAGAUCAAAUGCAGUCAACAAGUCUGCGAGAUGAGUAUUUGCAACAUUUUUUUCGCAAGGAGCCUGUUGUUGGUGUUGAAUAUGAAGCACAACUACAGAAGACUCUUUUGCCUCACAUCUCUACGGCUGAGGUAUCAGAAUUUGCUGCAAACUUCUGUACAACUUGCAGCUGUGUCAUCAAAAUUGUUGAGCCUCGAGUUGGUGCUACAUUAGAUGACCUUAGGGCUGUUGUACUGAAAGUCAACACUCUGGAGGAGGAAAGAAGAAUACCUCCAUGGGACGAUGAACAUAUUCCGGAAGAAAUUGUUGCAGAGAAACCAAAUCCAGGGAGCAUCAUAAAUCAGAAAGAGUUCUCAAGUAUUGGUGUCACUGAAUUGCUUUUAUCUAAUGGAAUGAAGGUCUGCUAUAAAUAUACUGACUUUCUCGAUGAUCAGGUUAUUUUCACUGGUUUUUCAUAUGGUGGAUUAUCUGAAUUGCCAGAAGAUGAGUAUAUUUCUUGUUCAAUGGGAUCCACUAUUUCUGGGGAAAUUGGUAUUUUUGGUUAUAAGCCUUCUGUGCUAAUGGAUAUGCUUGCUGGUAAGCGAGCUGAAGUCAGCACAAAGGUUGGAGCUUAUAUGAGAACUUUUUCUGGUGAUUGUUCACCUACUGAUUUAGAAACUGCAUUGCAGCUUGUUUAUCAGUUGUUCACUAGAAAAGUUGUUCCAGGGGAAGAAGAAGUUAAAAUAGUAAUGCAAAUGACAGAAGAAGCAAUUCGAGCCCAAGAAAGGGACCCAUACACUGCAUUUACCAAUCGCCUACGAGAAAUCAAUUAUGGGAAUUCUUACUUUUUCCGUCCAAUUCGAAUAAGUGAACUAAAGAAGGUGAACCCCAUCAGAGCAUGUGAAUAUUUCAAUGACUGCUUUAAGGAUCCAUCCACUUUUACUGUUGUUAUUGUUGGAAAAUUUGAUCCAACAAUCUCCAUUCCUUUAGUGUUGCAAUAUUUGGGUGGAGUACCAAGGCCUUCUGAGCCAGUUCUAAAAUUCAAUCGUGAUGAUCUUAAAGGCUUGCCUUUUAAGUUCCCAGCUAAAAUCGUUAGAGAGGUAGUCCACAGUCCUAUGGUGGAGGCUCAGUGCUUCGUCCAGUUGGCCUUCCCAGUGGUGCUAAAAAGUAUAUCAAUGAUGGAAGAGAUUCACUGUGUUGGAUUUCUGAGUAAACUCUUAGAGACAAAGAUUAUGCAAGUUCUUCGGUUCAAGCAUGGGCAGAUAUACUCUGUGAAUGUUACAGUCUUUUUGGGUGGUAAUAAACCUUCGAGGACUGGAGAUGUCCGAGGUGAUAUCAGUGUAUAUUUCUCAUGUGAUCCAGACAUCUCAUCCAAGCUUGUUGAUCUUGCACUGGAGGAGAUAUUAUAUCUACAGAAUCAGGGUCCAUCUGAACAGGACAUAUCAACUGUUCUAGAAAUUGAACAACGAGCACAUGAAAAUGGUUUGCAGGAAAAUUAUUAUUGGUUAGACAGAAUACUCCGUAGUUAUCAGUCAAGGGCAUAUUUGGGAGAUGUAUGCGAGUCAUUCGAGAUUCAAGAUGAAGGGCGCACUAAAGUUAGGAAAACUCUGACACCUUCAACCAUGAAAUGGGCACUACAAAAAAUCUUGCCUUUUCCAUCCAAAAAACAAUACACGGUAGUUAUUCUUAUGCCGCAGAUAUCCCGCCUGAAAGUUUUGAAGUCCUUGCUCCUAUUGAGCUCCAAUGGGUUUGGCAGAGAUGUAAAGAUUUUGGCCGGGGCUGCAGGUGCAUUGGUUUUGGCCAUAAGUCUUUGGAGAUAUUCACGGACUGCUUUAAAAUCCUGAAACUUGCUUCCAGACUGCACUGGUCAGUACCAAAUUUAUAAAGAUGGAAAACUGCAGGUUUGUCGAUUCCAGCUGAUCUGUUUAACACUUAGUAUGGGCAAAACGAGGGGUUUUGAAUCCAUACUACUACUUGUAGGUGCUGUCGUCCUCUCCUGUAUGAGCAUGUCAAAGUUUAUUGUUUCAUUUUUUUUUUCUUUUGUCUGCAUAUUUGAAGGUUUGAAAGGUCUAAAAUACAUCAAUACGCCAUCAAUACUCUUGUACACUUAUCCCUCUUUUACUUUUUUUUUUUUAUCGAUUACAGAAUGAAAAAUAGAAAACUUGCAGUUUGAUAACAACUUCAUAUCUAUGUUUUAAGCUAGAGCUGCCUAACUUGGAUUUAUAUAAA